AUGAGGGCAGUGAGUGUGAGCGCCCUCCAGCAUGUGGACUGCCCCCCAUCGACAUCGUACAGGCCACUGGCCCGCCCAUCCCUGGUGCAUAGAUACAACGUCCACCGGCCCUGCGCUGCCCAGUCCUGGCAGCGGACGUCCACCUCCCGCGCGGUGGCCACCCCCGACCGCGCCACGGAGGUCCCCCCCCCCACUCUGCGCAGCCCCGGCCCCGCCCGGCCCAUCCCCGGCUACGACCCCGACACGGACCGGGUGGGGGUCCUGCUCCUAAACCUGGGCGGGCCCGAGACCCUGGAGGACGUGCGCCCCUUCCUGUACAACCUGUUUGCCGACCCUGACAUCAUCCGCCUGCCGCCCGCGGCGCGCUGGCUGCAGCCCGCCGUGGCCUGGCUGAUCAGCACGCUGCGCGCGCCCAAGUCGCGGCGCGGCUACGCGGCCAUCGGCGGCGGGUCCCCCCUCCGCGCCAUCACCCAGGAGCAGGCCGACGCGCUGGCGGGGGCGCUGGCGGACCGCGCGGUGCCCGCCCGCGCCUAUGUGGCCAUGCGCUACUGGGCGCCUACCACGGAGCAGGCGGUGGCAGCCCUGAAGGCCGACCGCAUCAACAAGCUGGUGGUGCUGCCGCUGUACCCGCAGUUCUCCGUCUCCACCUCCGGCUCCUCCCUGCGCCUGCUGGAGCGCUUGCUGCGCGAGGACGCGCAGCUGGCAGCAGCGCGCCACGUGGUCAUCCCCUCCUGGUACGCGCGCCCCGGCUACGUCGCCGCCUCCUGCGACCUCAUCCAGGCCGAGCUGGCGCGCUUCCCGGCCGAGGCCGACGGCGUGGAAAUCUUCUUCUCCGCCCACGGCGUGCCCCAGUCCUACGUCGACGAGGGCGACCCGUACAAGGAGGAAAUGGAGCAGUGCGUGGCGCUCAUCAUGACGGAGCUGGCGGCGCGGGGGUGGCUGCGCCCCUACACCGACGACGCCAUCCGGUACUUGGGCGAGCGCCGCGUGCGUGGCCUUCUGGCGGUGCCCAUCUCCUUUGUGUCGGAGCACAUCGAGACGCUAGAGGAGAUUGACAUGGAGUACAGGGAGCUGGCAGAGGAGGUGGGCAUCAAGUCGUGGGGCCGCGUGCCCGCGCUCAACACCAACCCCGUCUUCAUUGCCGACCUGGCGGAUGCCGUGCUGGAGGCCCUGCCCUACGCCGGCUCCGUGGCCGGCAGCGCGGUUGGCGAGCUGGACGCGCUGCUGGAGACGUACGACCGGGACAGGCGGCAGCUGCCCGCCCCCAUCGGCGGCUGGGUCUGGGGCUGGACGCGGUCCGCGGAGACGUGGAACGGCCGUCUGGCCAUGCUGGCGCUACUCUCCGUCCUGCUCCUGGAGCUGGUGACGGGGCGGGGGGCCAUCGGCACCCUGCUGGCCCUCAUGCCGCGAUGA